CCUCAGUUGCUUCCCCGGGAUUUGGUCGCGCCGGGUGACCCGGUUGGCCCCCGGACAGCGGCCCGUCCCGCCCCGCCCCGCCGGGAUCUCCCGCUGCCCUCCCCCGGCUGUUCGCCGUUUGGGGCAUCGCGGCCCCGCCAGCCUCUGCCGCAGGCCAGGAUGAUGGGAGCUGCAACCGGGACCUCUGGGGGCCUCGCGGGGCAGCCCUGGCGCUUGCAAGAUGCUGCCGGCCCGCGCCGAGCGCCGCCCGCCGCUGAGAUGGACGCCUCUCUCCCGGAGGGCCCUGCCGUAGGGCUGCCUGCGGGCCAAGGCAGGCAGGCGCCGGCGGGCCGCGCGGAGGGCAAAGUGGUCUCCGUCCGCGGCCUCCUCUGGCUGGCCCUGACCCGGGAGUCGAAGCGGCCCAGGCCGGAGGCGCGGCGCUGGGAGGCGGAGCGCGCGGCCGAGCGGGCGCGGCAGCGGGAAGAGCCCCCCGGCCGGCUGGCUUGCGACUACGUGGUGCCCUGCCUGGCCCGCUACGGCCUCUGCGUGAAGGACGCCUUCCUCGGGGAGGCGCUGGGCGGGCAGAUCCUGGCGCAGGUGGAGGGGCUGCACCGCGGCGGCAAGUUCCAGGACGGGCAGCUGGUGCUUCGCAGAGCGGGGCCCGCCCGCCGCAUCCGCGGAGACCAGGUCGCCUGGGUGGAGGGCCGGGAGCCCGGCUGCCGAGCCAUCGGCGCUCUCAUGGCCCGCCUGGACCAGCUCAUCCGGCAGUGCGCCGGGAAGCUGGGCGGCUACGAGAUCAGCGGCCGGACGAAGGCCAUGGUGGCCUUACCGGGCAAUGGCCUGGGCUACGUGCGGCACGUGGACACACCCCACGGAGACGGCGCUGCGUCCACCUGCAUCUACUAUCUCAACCGCAAGUGGGAACAGCAAGGUAGGUGCGGCAGGUGGGGCGCGUGAGGAGGGGCUGCAACUCCUGGCUCUUGGUGGGCUUCGUGGGUUGCUCCCUUGACUUCCGAAGCAGCUCAGGCAGUUGGAGCACGGCUGAGGCUCAGGUGGUGCUUCAGGUGAACGUAGGGAAGCCAAAUCCUCACUCUUGAAAAGGGGGGGGGGUUCCAUGGCUUCUAGAAGGCUGCAAAGAGGAGGGGGGCCUGGGGGUGAGGCCUGGGGUCUUGGACAGAGGCCUUUUCGUGGCCACAGGAUCGGGUGUCAGCCAAGCCCGGGACAGGGGCUGCCCUUCCGAUGCCCCCGGCCUCUGUGGCCAGCCUGAAGGGCCCUCCUUGGCCCCCUCGCCCCAGGUGCACGGGGGCCUCACGG